GUCUGCACAUGCGUUCAUUGUUAUUGUCAUGGACACAGUUGGUUUCUUCAAAUUAGCUUUGAAAUUAUAAUAACUAUAUGUAGAGGGUUAGGUCCGAAAGGAAAGGAUGAGAAAACUCAGAUCGUUAAAGUGAGGGGAAAAAAGUACACGCUCUUUUUUCCGAAGAGAAGACUUUGGACAGGAUCGCCGCGACAUGUCGGCGCACGUGCGCGCGAGUAGGCUGCGUGCGCGCGGAUCAGGCGAACGCCAUGGGCCUCCCGUCGUGACCGCGGCGGCACUCCGUCGGGUCCUGUUAGGCAGCCCGUGCGGGGCUGUGCCGGAGACCCCGUGCCGCCUGCAUCUCUGUCGUCUCGGUUGACAUGGAUGAUGAAGAUGGCAGGUGCUUGUUAGAUGUAAUUUGCGACCCGCAGGCACUGAACGAUUUCCUUCAUGGAUCAGAAAAGCAUCUGGAUACCGAUGACUUGUUGGAUGGCUCGGCCGAUCCCUCCAGCUCCUUCUUCUCCAGUGCUGGGGGCCAUGUGCCGGAGGUCCAGCCGUCUAGUCAGCUCACAGCAAAUGUGUCAGCAGAGGUUCCCAGUGGCAGUGUGGAUUUGGACUUCCUUGAGGAUGACGAUAUCCUGGGAGGCUCACCGUCUGGUGGUGGAAACAGUGGAGGCAUUGGGACGAACCACGAGCCAUGCGACAUCCUGCAGCAGAGCUUGGCUGAGGCCAACAUUACCGAGCAAAGUCUGCAGGAGGCGGAGGCCGAGCUGGACAUGGGCUCCUUCACCUUGUCCGGCCUGACACAGGUGGUCCAAGCUCUUCCUGACUCGAGCCUUUCUGGGGCAGGGGGGGCAGCAGUGGGGAUGGACAUAGAAGUCGGAAUCGGAGGUUCAACUCAAAUCUUCUCUGGCUCCACCUCCACCUCCACUGCCACGCCCCCUAAUGCCACUACAGACAUGAUUGGGCCAGUUCUGGCUCACCCAGGCCUACAGCUCCAGGCCCAGGGGAUGAAUAAGGCCAUCAGUGUACAGCCCUUUAUGCAGCAAGUGGGCUUGGGUAAUGUGACCCUUCAGCCCAUCUCGAGCCUUCAAGCCCUACCAAAUGGGAGUCAGUCUGGGCACUUGGGCAUUGGACAGAUCCAGGUUGUGGGUCAGCCCACAGUCAUGGCUAUUAACCAGUCUGGUCAACCUAUCUUGGCCAAAACCAUAGGAGGUUACCAUCUGCAGCAGCCUGCACCAGAGGCUGGAGUCACAUGCACGCAGGCUGGGCUGGGCGGAUCUCUUCUAAGUUCAACUGGAGGUGGGGGUUUAUUAAUUCAAGGGAGCAAGACCCCUUUGGGCUCCCCUGCACUGAAUGGAGCUAGUGUUUGUGUGAGCAGCACCAGUGCUAGCAGCAGCAGCAGUGGAAGUACUUUGACCACUUCUGGAGGGCUGGUGGGGUUCAGUGGUGCUUCUGUUGCAGCAGGAAUUGCAGCCCAACCAAAACCAUUGACUCAAGGCACCAUCAUGCAGAAUAUAGUCAUCCAACGCACCCCAACACCUAUUCAGCCCAAGCCUCCCCAAGGCGGUGCCCUCCAGCCCAGGCUCUACAAACCGCAGCAGCAACAGCAGCAGCCAAUUUCAGCCCCCAGCUCUUUGCAGAAUGACUCUAGCAAGGGCUUAGGGGUUCAGCAAGGGCAAGUCCCAGCUUCUGCAGGUCAGAAUGUGACGUUCCUCUCCGGCAAGCCUGGCGCCAACGUGGUCCUGAGUGCCCCGGCAGCACCCCAGGGUGCAGCCUUCUCCCAGGCACUCUUCAAGCAGCAAGCACCUCCAGCGACAGGAAAACCGCUGAGCGUGCACUUACUGAACCAAUCGGGCAGCAUUGUCAUUCCCUCCCAGGCCGUCUUGCAAGGCCAAAACCAGUUUCUCCUGCCACAGCUACAAGCAGGCGGACAGAUCCUGACUCAGCACCCGGGAGGACACAUCAUUACGAGCCAGGGCCCAAACGGGCAGUUAAUUGCCAAUCAAAUCCUUGCCGCCAAUCAGAACCUUAGCCUCGGCCAGGUCUUGACUUCACAAGGGCAUUCUGGCACAGCCCAUAUCCUCUCCGGACCUAUCCAACUGCAGCCUGGUCAAAUGGGCCACCACACACUGUUCCAAAUGCCUGUCUCUCUGGCCCAGGCCCAGGCCCAGACGCAGACUCCUCAUGCUGCUGGUUCUGCCCCAACCGUUAUCCAAGGAAUGCCCAUCCAGAACUCACUGGCCAUGCUGAGCCAAGUGGAAGGCUUGAGUCCUGCUGUUAGCCUGCAGCCUCCUCCACAGCAGUUGGUCGGUGGCGUCCCCAGCAAUGGUGGCGGGGUAGCAGUCGCUUCCCAGUGCCAGCCUGUGGAAAGUGUUGCUGUGCUUGGCAGCUCAAUGGACCAAGCAGCUCAAACCGUGCCGCCUCCCUCUCUCCUCACUGUGCAGACGGGCUCCUCUACGUCCAUGCCUAUCCCUCCUUCCACUCUGGCCACCUCUUUAGCAACUUCGUCGUCCUCCUCCGUUUCGUCCGAUCCCUCGACGCUCACCCAGGUACCUCCCCAGACACAGCACAGCCCGGGGAAGCUCCUUCUCACACAGCAGGGCUCCAGCAUGAUCCUCAGUCACGAGUCCCUGCAGAUGUUCCUACAGCAGGAGCAGCAGCAGCAACAAAAAGAGACUGUCUCGGGCCCCUUGGGGUCGGUACCCGCGUCAGUCGUCGUCAGCAGCAGCUCUGUUCCUCCCACACCAGACCAUCAGAGCCAAUCUGCUGAGACUUGGGUAGGCCAGAGCUCCGCCCCCGCUUUUGGUCCCACUGACAAGACAGCAGGGGUUUAUCAGAUCCCUCCCGCUGGACAACAGCAAGUGAAAGUCCUGGCGACAGCCCCAUCGCAGCCAGUCGCCGCAAGUACGGCGCCUUCUGCGCUGACACAGACUGACAGUCCCCAGGCGGCUCAGCUUCUCGCCCACCAGAUCCAGUCACCUCACCACCAAGCGCCAGCUCGGCCUCCAUCUCAGCCCCAAUGCCAACCGCAACCCCAACCCCAGCCCUCCUCCCGGUCCUGCACGCCCUCCUCCUUGCCUCCAUUCUUCAUCAUCCACAACCAGAUUGGCGGUUCCCCCCAGAACACCUCCCAGACUCUUCCGCAGCUGCAGCAACCUCAAGUCCAGGUCCAACUCCCAACCCAAAGUCGCCCACCGUCGCAGCCUGCGCCGUUCCAGCCAGAUGUGCCUCCCUCUUCGGAUUCUCCCAAGCCUCCCCACGCCGCGCCCAUGCAGUUCCAGUUCACUGUCCCCUCGGGCAGCACCCCCUCUAGUGCCCCGGGCAAGCAGCAGGUGCCCUUGCAGAACCUACCCGCGGAGCAGCAGCAGAACCUACAGGUGGCUGGCACCCGCUUUCCAGCACUCGCAUCCGCCGCCCAGUCGUCGCCCCAGCAGAAGCACCUGCUCGACCGGCUGCAGCAGGUUCAGCAGAGUAUUAUCCUCAAGCAGAGUCCCCAGUCCCUGCCCCAGUCCCUGCCCCAGUCCCUGCCCCAGUCCCUGCCCCAGUCCCUGCCCCAGUCCCUGCCCCAGUCCCUGCCCCAGUCCCUGCCCCAGUCCCUGCCUUCCAGCCAGUUCAGCCCCCAGGCCGACAUACCUGCUUCUCAGAUCGGGACUCUGUCCACGACUGCUGCUGCUGUCCAGCUGGCUCCUGCGCUGCAGCCCGCGUCCAUUCUGGUCAAGACCCCAGCCAUGGCACCCGGCGAGCUCAAGACAUUCCCAGGGACUCUAGGCUCAACUGGGGCUGCGGUCAAGCAAGGGGUUGCCCCAGCCAGCCUUACUCAGCCAGUGCAGACUGCGACUCUGGCCAUGCCUUUUCCAAUGCAGCCCAGCAAGGAGGCAAGGAUGCUGGAACAGUUGAGGAAGCAGCAGGGCUCUGUGUUACACCCCGACUACAGAUCUCCCUUCAGCUCAUUCCGGGAUGCCUUGCAGAGACUCGUCCCGUACCACCUGUACCAAGGCACGCCCUCUUCCCUCGAGAACAACCACAAAGUGGACGAGGAGUUUGCGACGGUGUCAGGCCAGCUUCUGAAGCGAACACAAGCCAUGGUCGACAAAUACCGUCUGCUGCUCUUUGAGGAAUCCAAGAGACUGGGUCCCUCUGCAGAAAUGGUCAUGAUUGACAGGAUGUUCAUCAUGGAAGAAAAGUCGUCUCUUAACCAAGAGAGGCUGCUGGCCAAGGAGAGACCAGAAGAGUACGCGGCCCUUCAGAAUUCAGCUGCCUCAGCACAGCGCCCCCUGUCCGCUGAGCAAAGCUCCACGAGGACUUCAACGCCGCCUGCAGGGGCUCCGCCCGCAGCGCCCACUCCAGUCCUGUCCCACAUCACGCCCACCAAGCUGGUGAUCAAGCACGGCGGAGGCGGCGCGUCCGUGUCGUGGUCGACGAGCUCUGUGCCGGCAGGGCGUCCCAACACUCCUCUCGGUUCCACGCCGGCCACCCCCCACAGAGACGACGACGACGACGCCCUCCCCCAGCGCACCAACAGGCCCCCCAUGAAGACGUACGAGGCACGCCGACGCAUUGGCCUGAAGCUGAAGAUCAAGCAGGAGGCGGGUCUCAGCAAGGUGGUGCACAACACGGCGCUGGACCCCGUCCACACGCAGCCGCACCACCAGCCCGGCGCGCAGCACUCUCCCUCGCGCCACCAGAAGUCUGCUGCGGCUGUUCCCAUGGCAACGGCCACAAACAGGUCUUCCGUGUGCAACUCGAACUCUUCGCCUGCUGGCGGCGCGAGCACCGCACAGCACAGCGCGGCGUCGGAAACUUCAUCUGCUUCUUCCUCCUCCUUUUCACAAGUUAAUGGGACCCUGGAGCACCAUGGGACAGGCGGGUGCAAGCAGAACCAGGGCUCUCCUGCCCCGCCCCCGACCUCGUGCCGCCUCCCGCUGCGCAAGACUUACCGCGAGAAUGUGAGCCCCCCUAUGCGACCCGGCGUGACAGGGGGUGAUGGCAGAGCCGCGGCGCGUCGUUCUCACUGCCCUGCUCUCCCCGGCAACCUGCCGCUCCUCCCGAGGAGCUCCCCGUCACCUCCUGCACAGACGGUCAUCGCGAGCGUUAAGGUGGAGAACCGCGGUACCUUUCACACUCAGCCGUGCACGAACGCGGGGGGUGGGGGAGGGACGGGCGCAGGGGGCACAUCCCCCCCGGCGCUCAUGCAGGAGCUUGCCGAGGUGGAGGAGGCUUUCAAUCGCGGCAUUAUGAAGAAAUGCCCGCGGCAGCACUUGUACCCGUGCGGAGAGGAGGGAGCCAAAGACGAGGGGGCGAGGGGGGGCAUGCGGGGGGGCGGUGGCCGGGACACCUUCAUUCCCGCCAAGCGCCACAAAUCGGACUCGCCCGACAUGGACAACGCCAGCUUCUCCAGCGGCAGCCCCCCGCCAGAUGACUCGCUCAACGAGCACCUGCAGAGCGCCAUAGACAGCAUCCUGAAUCUGCAGCAGGGCGCCGGCAGGAUGCAGGGUCUGAACCCAGCCCAGCCCCCGACGGCCUCCUCCAGAGCGGCAGCGUCUGUGUCGCAGGGCCACAGAGAAGGGGACUUUUCCUGUGGACAGAAUGGCAAGUUUUUGCCGCGGACGUUUAACAGAUAGCAGCAGCGGGAGGCUGGAAAGGGGCUGUUCGGGGGACGGAAGGUGCUGUGUGUGCGACCCGCUUCAUCAUCUUUGGUCAGCUGGAAUAAAAGCGAGGCCCUCGGACGGACCCCUGGGGGCCUUUUCUCAAUCUUAUGUGUUUUUAAUGUUGUCCACGUUCCGCAGCGUCCACGAGUUCAUGACCGGCACUUUAUGGUCAUCGUAACCGUACAGCGGUUAUGGGUCAGGAAGGCGGGAGAGGAAUUGCGCUCGCGAUCCAGCAGGUAUGAGUGCAUGUGGCUUCGCAGGGCAUAGUUUACCACUGUUUGGCCCUCGUGUCCUCAUGUGCUGCCGCGCCACGCGGUGCUGAGGCUUUCGGUGGUGCCAGUGGCGUGACGGCAGGGCUCCGCGGCGGUACCCGGUGUAGCAGUAAAGGUGGGUAUUUGGUAGGAGAUGCACUAACCGCGUUCGCACCCGUUGUUUCCUUCUGUCUCUCACCAUACGCUUCACUUGGACUCCCUGCCCCUGUGGCGCGGUCCUCCUUUGCUCACCUCGUACGCUUCUCCCAGCAGUGCUUGCCACACGCAAUCCUUUCAUAUGACAGUAAAGGAGAGUAAAUCGGUGUGAAUGCACCAGCAGACGAGGUAGAGCCCUUGUUCAGCGUUGCGGCAUCUGGUUCCUCCCUUUGUCAGUCGCACCGCCCACCGUGGUCGCUUGUGACUCCCGGCUGCGGAGUUUUCCUUUUACCCGUUUACCUGCCCCCCUUCCCCCCCCACCUCCCAUAGUGCGUGGAGUCACUUCGGUGAAGGGGUUUCACAGCAUUUCUGAAACGAGCGCUAGGUGAUCGGGGUCUCUGGGUUAUUCGCACAGCAGCUUCGUUCUUACACGACUGUUUUUAGCUUAUUGUAUUUUUGAACACUUUCGGAGGGGAAGAGGUUCGCCCCGGGGACUGUGAAUAUUGUUUCGGGAACGUGUAUUUAAUAGGGAGAGACUAGAACCCAGGAGCCUGUCCGUGUCUCGGCCUUCUUUCGCUUCAUUUGCAGCUCUUUCUGACCUCGUACCCUGGACCUGCCGGUCUCGUUGCGCCGUACAGUGCACGUCGGCGUGGUCUGGGACCGUCUCGGCCGUUUCGCUUUGCCUGUCCGUAUGUACGCGAGUUACGAUUUUUCUUUUUUUUUUUUUUAAACGAAACCCAUAUUUUAUCAGGAAUGGUAUGGCGAAGGGCGUUUGGGAGUUUCAGGAGUAAUUUUAUGCUUCCUCUGUCCGUUUUUAAAUAUUGUCUGAAAGGAACUGUUUACUUGGGGGACGAAACGUCGCCUCGUUGAAAAUGCAAGUAUUUAACCACUACAGAUGAAUCUGACAGUUUUACGGCUCGAAACCGCACAAGCUCAGGGUCUCGGGUUCAUGGUUCGGACGCGCCGCCGCGUGGCAGGGCCGUUCAACGUGCUUCCCGAGUGUCGUUCACGGUGAAGACCACAGGGGGCGCCAGCGAGCCCUCGCAGCUCUGUACGUACACAGGUGUAGACGUAGCAUCUGGCUUUGGACCCGCUUCUUUGUAGCUGGGAGAUGUUGUACACAGGUUUCUUUUUCCUCCGUACAAGAGUAUUGCGCGUUUGGUUUCUGGAUAUUCGCACACAGCACUUGAUCUGUCGGUUGAAGUUGUGAACUUGAGCGCGGAGAGCACAGUUGGGUUUCCUACGAAGUGUCUCGAGAAAUGGGAAGGCACGUGCCAGCGAGGCCGUCGUUUGGUAUGAAUUUGUUUUUGGUGUGGGCUGCACAUGUUUUCGUGGUGGAUUUUACUUUUGCGUCGACGACCGUGUUUGCCACCCUUCAGAUGAUGUCAUCAAUGCGCCAGCGUAACGGUUGUUCCAGGGGACCAGGCGGACAGAGCGUAGAGCCCACACGCGACUCCUCCUUCGCGGAGACACUUUACUGUGCUGCCACCACCCGUCCCUCUCCGUUUCCUCCGGGACCUCUGCUAUGCCUUUGGGAAAAAUUAAUGAAAGCAUAAACAGCGAAUAAAAGAAAAAAAAUACUAAAGUACAUUU